AUGGUGCAUGCCUUUCUCAUCCACACCCUGCGGGCCCCGCACGCUGAGGACACAGGCUUCUGUCGAGUGCUCUACUCCUGCGUCUUUGGUGCCGAGAAGUCACCUGAGGAUCCAAGGCCACACGGCGCUGAGAGGGACAGACUGCUUCGCAAGGAGCAGGUUCUGGCUGUGGCCAGGCAGGUGGAGUCCAUGUGUCAGCUGCAGCAGCAGGCGUCCGGCCGGGCCACCAUGGACCCUCCAGCCCAGUCUUCAGACGAGCCGGUGUCACUGCAUGAGGUCCCACAUGGGGCCUUCCGUCUGGCAGCGGGGGACCCUUUCCAGGAGCCCCGGACAGUGGUGUGGCUCGGAGUGCUGUCCUUGGGGUUCGCACUAGUGCUGGACGCCCAUGAGAAUCUACUGCUGGCGGAGAACACGCUCCGCCUGCUGGCCCGGCUCCUCUGUGACCACCUCCGCCUGCUGGCCCCUGGCACCAACCUCCUGCUGCGGGCUGACCGCAUUGAGGCCAUCCUCACCCGCUUCCUGCCUCAUGGCCAGCUGCUCUUCCUCAACGAUCAGUUUGUCCAGGCUCUGGAGAAGGAGCUCAGUGCCGCCUGGCCCCUCUGA